GAUUCAAAGAGUCGACUCGCUUGGGAUCUCAGAAUGCUGUAGUUGUUGUAAACAUGAAUAUCGUGACUGAUACAUGAACCAUGACGUGACUGUUAGCGUUUUACUUUCGGCUCCAGCAUGAACGACAUCAUGGAGGAACAGGAGAAGGAACAGGACAAUCUGGUAGCCGGGUCUCCAUCCAUGAGAGCGGGCAGUAGCAGGAGCGGCAGAUCGAAGCCGGCUGUGGAUGGAGGAAACAGAGCGGUUGAGAAGAGAGGACCUUAUAUAAUGGCCAAAUCGAUAAACAUGAAACUGCAGAAACCCAGAGAGAUGGCCAGGAGAGUGUUUAAGAAGAAAGGCUUUUCCUCUUCCGGGGGAACAGUCCUGCAGCAGCCCAGGCAUGGAGCUAAGAAUGUGAAGUUCAAUAAAGGAUAUGCAGCACUCAGUCAGAACGCAGAAGAUCCACUAGUGUCUCUAGACUCGGACAGUGAUGUAGAGCUGGAGUAUUCAUCAGGAUAUUCCUCAGCAGAGAUUCAUCCAGAUCUGAGCCGACAGCUGCUGAAAGAUGGAUACCGACUGGACGAGAUCCCUGACGACGAGGAUCUGGACCUCAUUCCUCCCAAAGCCAUGGGUUCCUCUAUCUGCUGCUGCUCCUCCGAUGGCGCGUCCUGCUGCCUGCAGUGAACUCUACCACAGCGCUUUUUCUCUCAACAGGAUGCGGCUUUCACUCAGCACUUAUGCUACAGGAAGUGAAAUCCCACCUUUGAGAAGGAAACCAUUACUGAGGCAUUGUGGAACCGCCUGAUGUUCUACCACACUGCGGCGGAAUGUUCCCGAGUUCCUGAAGUGAUAUCUCUAAUCUCAUCCGCAUCCUGUUUUCCCAACAGACGACCGGAGACAUCCUUAAUUUUGGCGCUUUUUUGUUAUUUAAAGCAGCUUUUAAUGCAGAUCACAGUGUGAGGGUCAGCAUAAUAUCGACGCGCAUGCUCGUCUCUGCAUGAUUUCUGUGUACCGCAUCUGUAGCGUACCGAAUUUCAGUUCUUAUUCGUGUCACUGUACUGAGGAAAGACAACUGAGUCAACUUUCGUAGAACGUUUUUAUAAAUAUAAAAACUCUAAAUCUGUAUAAUUCAUCAUUUCUGAGAUGGGACUACUGUUUCAGAAAAUGAACGUAGCCCAAAGUAAACACAGAAGUGCCUCGGUUUUGAUUUGUUAUUAAAUCCAACAACUCCCUUUUAGAUUUCCGUUUUAUUUUCCGCAACGGGAAAUAUCCAGAUGCUGCAGAUGUGGUGCAGAUUAGGUUAAAAAAGCUGGUUCCUUUAAGAUCAUCUUUAGGUUACUAGACUAAAUUUCUAUCCAACUUAAGGCCAAACCAUCUUCAUGCUAAACCGCGACUGUAUCUUUGACAGUAACUGAUUUUAUUCUGGUUUAAUUCCAGUCCUGUCAGACCUGCCAACUUUCAGACAUUUUGCAUAGUUCUAGGACACUAGUAUGAGUUAUCACCCAAAAUUACGCAAAAGGAGCUGUCUUCUUCGACAUUUGAAACUGGAGCGAUUAACAGUUGCGUAGGUGUUUUGAACUCUUUGAUAUUUAGUGACAUCCUGGAAGCCCCGCCCCCUUCCCACCAUCUCACAUAAGUAAAGUUUUGGCCAGCGCUCUCAUCUCGACUCGAUUUUCCCACUUGAAAAAGCACUGCAAGGUAAACGGAGAAUGUUGAGAGUUCAUUAAUGUGAAAUAAAAUCUACAUUUUUGGCUUAGCUAACAUCAUUUAGUUAAUAAUAGUUAACUGUAUUUAUUAGGGAUGCACUGAAAUUUCAGCCACGGAAAAUUUUCAGCCAAAAAAUGGUCAAAAACGGAGAACCAGGGGGUGGAGCAGGAUCUGAUCUGACUCCUCCUCCUCCUAUAAGCCUGUCAAAACAACACAUUUAACACUAAGUUAUCUCCACCCCCUGGACUAAUAAUUAACUGACUUCCGUAAUAUAAACAAGCCCCUAAUGAUCUAGGUUUGGAGCAAAACCUGAGGAUAGAGAUCCAGAAUGUCACCAAAUAUUUAAAAAAAAUAUAUAUAACAUGAGGUUUUCCCACCCCAUGAUGGAAAUCAGUGUUUGUGUGAUAUCCUGGAGGGCAUAGCGCUAAAGUGGGUCACAUGGGUCGACACAGUAAUCCAUAACAUACCCUUCUCCAGGUAUCUUACAUUUGUUGUGAUUCUCACGUGUGAAGCUGAGGAAGUUCUUUUCUUCUGCCAGCGUUUUUAUUUUACACUUAAAGCUUUACAUUAGUAGUGACAACUCGACGCUUUAACGAGAGACGGCUGCCUGGAGAGAGCAGUAUUUACUUUCUUUUUUUUCUCUUUAGUUUUUAGGUGCAUUACAUGUUACUGAUAUGUGAGGAAAAACACAGUAAACCAGUAUCUUUUUUUUAUAUUUAAACCAUUACUACUAUUGUAUUUUGCUUGUUUUUUUUUAAGUUCCCUUAUUGACUGUGUUUUAAUAGUGAAGAUUUUUGGUUCUUCGCUCAUCAUGGCAUUGAAAGGUGUAUUUUAUGAUAUUUGCUCUUUUGGGAUUUUGUUUACAUUUUUUAGACCCUGAAAUUAGCAUUGUCCAAAACUGACAAGUCGAGGAAUACAUGUGUUUUUUUUUUAUUAUUUUUUUUUUUUUUUUUUUUUUUUACAAAGGAGUUGGUGUUGGUUAAAGAGAGGAAGAGAUAGAAUCAUAAAUUCAUUAGCCAGCCCACCAAGCAAGUCCUCCAGUGUGUUGUCAGGACCCAUGAUUUGGUCGCCUAGAAACGUGACCAAAUACGCUAAAAAGUGGUAGCUAAUGUAAUGUAAUAGCAUAUGGUGAGGAAGGUAGCUAGUUAAGUGCAUUAAUACAGACAAAGGGAACGAAUAUGUAUGAUCACGUAGUGCAUCAUGUUCACGCUCUUGACAAAACGUCAGCAAGUUGUUGGUGAACGUUUUAGCUACGAGGUCUGAGUCUGGCUAGUGUCUCUCGCUAUGUUUAACCACGUAUGUGGUGAUUGCGUGUAGUAAGCAGGAGAGUUAUUUGAGGGCUUUGCGCUACAUUUUUAUCUUGCUCGGUUUCGCAACUAUGAAUAAAAAACAGAUAGCUGGGACAUGAGAUCUUCUUGUACCAGGUGCUUGUCCAUCCCUGAGUGUUGUAAAGUAGAUGAUGUGUGUGUUCUGAACAGGCGGCGGAAUCCUGUGAUAUUGAUCUCCCCCAUCAUGUGCUAACGCCACCAUGUUUCGCACCACUUCAGGUGCUUGGACCCCGUCAUGUCAAUCCUAUGUUUGUGAAACGCACAGUAAUUAAAUGCCACGGCCUGUCUGUCAUCUGCGCACGCAAAUGACUCCACGUGGUUUAAAAAAAUGUUCUACUGUCAGCCAGAUUGCUCCUCGACUAGUGCAGCAGAUAGUGGGAUUCAGAAAGACGAGUGUGUGCUGUCGUUACAGCAUCGUGGUGCAAGACACCAUCGUGAAGCGCAUUAAGUAUAAACGUAAUGAAUCAAAUGAAUAUCGUUUUGUUUUCUUUGUCUGCAACUAUGAAUGAGAAAAACUAAUAGCCAGGACACACAGUAUGCGUGCUUGGCCCAUCUUUGAGUGGACCAACCUGUUUGCUCUGAAAAGAGGGUGGGGGAUGUGAUAUCACCUUUCAUGUGCUAACGCCACCAUGUUUCACACCACCUCUGGUGCUUGGACCCCUGUGUCGCAUCAGUCCCAUCGGAUAAAAUGUAAAAACAUUAAGACCCAAAUCGUAUCAGUACAGUUUGGUGCACAGUUCUUCACUUCACUGAACAUUAGUGUGUGAUACAUUACAGCGUCUGCGAGCUGCACAUUUCAAAAAUACAGAAUAUAGGAAAAUUAACCAGGACAAGGAGCAGGAUUGUCUCUUAAUUUACCUGUAAGGGGCACUAUGCUAUUUUUAUUUUUACAUUGUACUGGAAAAUAAAAGUAAAAGAAAGAUUUCCUAAUGUCCUGUGCCAGGAUAUAUGGGAUUGGUGUUGAGUAUAGUGUUUUAUGUUAUAUGGAAGUUUAUUAACUACAAGUUUGUGUGAGGAAAAAAGGAAAGGGACGUGUUUGCAUAGUUAGCUAAGAAGUUAUUUACUGUGUUGAUGCUUUAUGUGUGUGUGUGUGUGUGUGUGUGUGUGUGUGUGUCAUGUAUUAUUUUGAGUGGUUGAUGUGGACAUAACUGUUGCACUUGGAGCGCUGAGUGGACUUUUCCUCUCCUUCACUAUGCAACUAAUCGGACAAUCUUUAUUCUUCACCCUCUACGUAGCAAUUAUUAAUCGUUGCUCAGUUUCACAUGCAAUAACUUUACUAUGUUUUUGAUGUGAUUGUGGAAAAAACACUCAUUUUUAUUUUAAACUACAUAUGAAAAUAUAUAAAGACUUGCAUUGUUAGUAGAACACACACCUGUAUAACAUCUGGCUUUUUACUGUAACUACUCAGUAACUAGUAUUUGAGAUUAAAAUAUGUUGGAGUUUA